AAAAAGAAGAGAAAAAAGAAGCAAAAGAUUUUCUUGAGAAGAAAGAAAUUGAAGAGCGGAAGAGUAGAAAGAAGGAGCUUCUCUUGUGUUCUUCAUAAGCUGCUCCAUUUCCUGCUCCACAGAGAAGCAAUCGAAUCCGCUCUCCGUUAGGGCAAAGAAUCAGAAAUCAGAAUGAGUAGCAUAGGGACUGGUUACGAUCUUUCCGUCACCACAUUCUCCCCAGAUGGCCGCGUUUUCCAGAUCGAGUACGCCGCUAAGGCCGUCGACAACAGCGGGACUGUAAUUGGAAUCAAAUGCAAGGAUGGAGUCGUUAUGGGCGUGGAAAAGCUAAUUACCUCUAAGAUGAUGCUUCCCGGUUCUAAUAGAAGAAUUCACGCAGUUCAUCGUCAUUCUGGCAUGGCUGUGGCAGGAUUGGCAGCAGAUGGAAGACAAAUAGUUGCUCGAGCCAAAUCUGAAGCAACCAACUACGAAAGUGUUUACGGUGAACCAAUCCCUGUAAAGGAACUAGCUGAUCGUGUUGCUAGUUAUGUGCAUCUCUGUACACUUUACUGGUGGCUCAGACCUUUCGGAUGCGGGGUAAUUCUCGGAGGUUAUGAUAGGGAUGGACCACAACUGUACAUGGUUGAACCAUCCGGUGUUUCCUAUAGGUACUAUGGUGCUGCAAUCGGCAAGGGUAGGCAAGCUGCAAAAACGGAAAUUGAGAAGUUGAACCUCUCUGAACUGUCUUGUCGGCAAGGGGUCAUUGAAGUAGCCAAGAUUAUAUAUGGAGUACAUGAUGAGGCGAAGGAUAAGGACUUCGAAUUGGAAAUGAGUUGGAUCUGUGAUGAAUCAAAACGCCAACAUCAGAAGGUUCCGGAUGAUCUUCUUGAGGAAGCAAAGGCAGCAGCUAAAGCUGCCCUGGAAGAGAUGGAUGCUGAUUAAGGAAGUUGGAUAUCUAUAGGUGUUAUCACUGUGCUGCAAAUUGCAAUUGCUUUAUUUAGUUUCAAGUGUCUGAUUUGAGCAUCCUGUAUGAAUUUUUCCCUAGGAUUCAGGAACUGAAACUUUUAAUGUGAUUUUCAUACUGCUUUGUUGACUGUUCUUAAAUCAAAUUGGGAUUUUUUUUCCCUCUUCAAUUUCCACCUGCUCCAAUUGAAUUUUCAAUAUGAUCAGGAGUCAUGAUUUGCAAA